AUGUCUAUGCAUGCAUGCAUGCAUAUAUGCAUGUAUGUAUGGCUGUGUGUCACUGAGGGGAGGUGGUUGAUCGGUGGUGGGUCGACAGGUGGGGAGAGGACCCGCGGCUGGCGUGCAGAGGGCCGGCAGGCUCACGUUCUGCGUCUCCCCCCUCUCCGCAAGGGGAUGAUCGCAAGUGUGACUUUGCCUGCCUGCCUGCCUGCCUGCCGCUUCUUCUCCCUUGUCGCCUUCCUCCCCCUUCUGCUUUCCUCCCCUGGCACGCGCCCCUCCAUUCGCCCCUUGCUACGCCUUCUCCACCUAUACAUAUACAACCCCUCUCUCCCUCCGGUGUGGGGGGCUACAUGUGUCUGGUGCAGAGUCUUGCCCUCCCCCCCCCCCCUCUCUCCCUCCCUCCACUUGUAUCUGCUCAUACUUCUGCACAUACGCACACGCACACAGGCGGACAAAUUCGCGUGUGCAUGUGUAUGUGGGUGUCUAUGCAUUCUUGUGGUGGGUGGUGUUGUGCAGUGCCGCAGAGCCCGACCGGCUGGUCGUCCCCCUCCCCUCCCCCUUCCCCCUCACAUUCGCCCGAACACAAUAAACACGCUUUCCUCGAACGGGCACACAUAUUGA